AUGAAUAUUAUGUUCUCACAAGUGGUACCGGCCCGUUAUGAUGCAUAUCAGAAUGCCAAGGAAGCGGAUAAGAAAAGGUUUUUGUGGGAUUCAGAUGUGAUAUCAAUGAUUACGGGAAUUGACAAUCAAUUUCUAGCAUCAUGGAAGGGAGUAUACACUGUAUAUUGGUGCCAGAACUACCUUCAAGCGCAUUGGUUUGCAGUUGAAGCCUCCAUUUCUACUUGGACUCUGAAUGUUUAUGAUUCGGACGUGACCGUGAUAAGUGAUAAAAAACUGCAAUCGUUUAUGAAGUCAUGGUCUACUUUGUUCCCAUCGUUGUUAUUGCAGUCACAACUUUUCAAGGACGACCCUCGGUUGACGAUUCCACCUGGAGCUAAAAGAUGCAAAGAGUUCAAUGUGCACCGCAUGCCAGUUGAUUCAGUACCCCAAACCAAAGUCAGUGGAGAUUGUGGUGUGUACGCCAUCAAGCACAUCGAACACUUAUUGGGUAGGCUACCACUUGACACGAUUUGCGAUGACAACAUGGAGUUGUUCAGAAACAAAUGGACAGUUGACUUAUGGUAUCAGAAUUUUAGACGUUGA